GAUCUAUCAAUGCGAUAAAUCCACAAAGCCCAGAACUUCAUUUUCCAGUAUUGAAAAUACUAAAGUUGAACACAACUACUCCAGAUCUCAAGAAAACCCUCAUAAAAACCCAUCAAGAUGGCUGAAAAUAUCCUCACCUUUUGCACUGCUGAAAUCCCACCUGAAACAAUUUCGCAUUUCAUCAAACUCUCCCAACACACUCUAGAAAGUUCUAGAAUCUGGUCUGUCGUUCGCACACCCACUUCGCACCCCCUCGGCAAACGCACCCGCACCACUAUUCUUCCUUUCCAAACCGGUUUCCUGCACGCCUCUCUAUCUACACUAUCAGACUUUGUGACUUCGGCACCGCAAACCGAUGGUUAUCAUUUCAGUCGCAAUACAUUUGCGGUGCUAGAUGCGCGCAGUGUGGAAGAUGAGACGGUGGUGCUGUGGAGUCGACUGGAAAGUAUGCCGAUGGAGUUAGUGGAGAGAGAGGGAUGGGAUGAGGAGAAGAAAAUGACGGAGUGGAAGGAUUAUAGGGUGGAGUUUAGAAAGGCGUGCUGGGUGGUGGGGGUUUUGGAAACGAAGCCGGGGUUGUUUGGGGAAAUUGUGGAGAAGGGUCAGGGGACUAGUGUGGAUGGGGAGGGUGUCCUAAAAGUGGAUACCCCAAUGAAGGGGGGAGAUUGGGAGGAUAGAGAUGAUCGGUCGACGGAUGAUGAAAGUUUGUGAGAAUGGUUGUUUGAUGUGUUGUCAGUUUCCUGCCCUGUUUUGAUCUUGAUCUUAAUGCAAUGUCGAAUUUAGCCACUGUUGAUCAAGCCACAGCACGUGACGAAUAUGACGAUUCUUGAUUUUGUCUGCUUGUUUCAUCUUGUAUCCGAGUCAUAGGGAAACAGUUAUCAAUAUGCUUGGUGGAUAAAACCUCAUUCUACAAACUGUGCAUCAAGACCAGGACAUUGUCGUUUGCUCGCUAACAAAGCUCGGACUGUGGAGUCGUGACUCCUGAGGGAGUUUUUGGUGGCACAAACCGGAUAUCAUCAAGAUUGAGGAAAGACUGGUCGUUGAGGGAUUCAUAUUUGAUAGUCUUUGAAAACGGCUGUAUUAUAACUGUAUUGCCCCCCUUCGUCAGAAGUCUGAAGCUUGGAAUUCACAGGGAAAUUGCAAAGAGCUGAACUGAAUACUAAAACUUUGA